CAUCUCCCCUCACUCUCUCAUUUCUUUCCUUUCUCUCUCUAGCUUGCACAUAAUAUAGUACUAGUAUUUUUUGUCUUGGUGGAGGGAGGAUUUUUAUAAAUUGUCGAUUGAAAUUCUUCAUUUUUGAGGUUUGUGUUCGUUGAAUUUUUGGAUCAGAAGCUAUGGUGGAGACGCGGCGAAGUUCUUCUGGCGCCAAGCACGCACUCAGCGAUCCCUCACCUGCUCCGCCCAACGCCAAGCGAUCCAAGGCUGCGGAGGCGCCGGCUUCAUCCGUGGAUGAUUCGUUGGCGUCAAAGGAAGUAGUGGGCGCUGCCCCGGCGAAGGAUUCAGCGGCUGGAUCGGUUGAUCUGUCUGGAGGCGGCGGCGGGAAGCAGCCGGAUGACGUGGCGGGGAAGGCGGCUGAAGCGGUGGCUGCUGGUUCCAAUCUAGAUACUGAUAAAGGGAAUUCGAUUUUGAUGCCUGCAAAUCGUGGGCGGAAGCGGCAGCUGAAAUCUAAUGAAGCUGGGGAUGCAUGGGGAAAACUCCUAUCUCAAUGUUCACAGAAUUCCCAUGUUGUUAUGCAUAGCCCUACUUUCAGCGUUGGUCAAGGCCGCCAAUGUGACUUGUGGGUUGGGGAUCCAACAGUCAGCAAGCUGUUGUGUUAUCUGAAGCACGUUGAGUCUGAGAGAGGGGAGUCAGUUACAUUGCUUGAAAUCAUUGGGAAAAAUGGAGCUGUCCAUGUUAAUGGAAAGGCUUAUUUCAGAGAUUCCACUAUCCCUUUAAAUGGAGGUGAUGAGGUGGUCUUUAGCUCAUUAAAUAAACAUGCUUAUAUUUUCCAACUUCUUGACAACACUGGUGAAUGGACAACUAGCGUGCCGCCUUCGGUAAGCAUAUUAGAAGCUCAUGGUGGAUCCACAAGUGGAUUACAUAUUGAAGCUACAUCAGGUGAAACUUCUGCAGUUUCUGUUGCGUCAACUCUGGCCUCACUCUCGCAUCUCACUAAUGAAUUGUCUCUCAUUCCACCAUCUUCUCGGAAUGGUGAGGAUGUGCAACAAGGGUCUGAAAUUCCAUCAGUGCCUUCUGCUUGCGAAGUGUCAGACAAUUGUAUUAUUCACACUGAAAUGAAAGGUGCCCCUGCCUGUAACGACGAUGUUUCUGGAGCAGUUAUUCAGAGUGCUGGUGCUCCAUCUUCUGAAAUUGCCAAUGAUAACUUGAACAAUGAUGCUCAAAAUGGGAAGAUUGUAGGCGAAAACAGUGACUUAGGACCCGUUUUGCAUUUUUUAGCAGGUCCAUCAGCUUCUGACUUUAAGACGGGCCUAUCAAGAAUUCGUGAUAUGCAUAGCAGAGGCAGAGAUGUGUUGAAGUGUCCUCGUCCUGCCAUUCCACAGUCAUCAAAAAGAGAAAAAAUCAAAGAGUGCAUACAGCAAGGAUUAAUAGAUGUGGAAGAUCUGGAUGUUUCGUUUGAGAAAUUUCCUUAUUAUCUAAGUGAGACCACUAAGAAUGUGCUCAUUGCUUCGGCAUACGUACAUUUGAAGUGUAGGAAUUUGGGAAAGCUUUCUUCAGACCUCCCGACAGUAAGCCCAAGAAUCUUGCUGUCAGGUCCAGAAGGUUCGGAAAUAUUACAGGAGACGUUGACUAAGGCGCUAGCUAAUUUUUUUGGCGUGAGGCUCCUUAUAGUUGAUACAAUUACAUUAUACGGUGGGCCAUUAACUAAGGAAGUUGAUUCCCUAAAAGAAAGUCCAAAGCCUGAGAGAGCUAGCGUGUUUGGUAAGCAAACUACUGCUGCUGUACACUUUAAGAAACCAGCGUCAUAUGUGGAUGCUAAUAUCACUGGGGGUUCGGCUAUAGCCUCUCCUGUGCAGCCUAUGUGUGAAGCAUCUACUGCCACGUCAAAGAACUACACUUUCAGAAAAGGUGAUAGAGUAAAGUUUUUGGGCGUUCCCCCCAGUCAAAUUCAAAUUAGAGGGGGUCCAACUUAUGGUUCCAGGGGCAGGGUGGUUCUUACAUUUGAAGGAAACGGCUAUUCUAAAAUUGGGGUUAGAUUCGAUAGACCAGUUCCCGAAGGUAAUGAUCUCGGGGGACUCUGUGAAGAUGAUCAUGGUUUCUUUUGUUCUGCUGUCUCCCUAAGUCUUGAAAUCCCUAAUGGUGAUGACAUUGAUGAGCUUGCCAUUACUGAGCUCUUUGAGGUUGCUUCCAUGGAAAGUAGAAGGGGCUCUUUAAUUAUGUUUGUCAAAGACAUCGAGAAAUCAGUGAUAGGGAAUCUGGAGGCCUAUACAGUCUUUAAAAUGAAGCUCGAAGCUUUACCAGAAAAUGUUGUUGUGAUAGCUUCACAUACUCAGACAGACACCCGAAAGGACAAACCUCAACCUGGUGGAUUUCUUGUAACAAAAUUAUCCAACCAAACAGCACUCUUCGACAUUGCUUUUGGGGAUCAUUAUAAUAGAUUGCAGGAGAAAAAUAAAGAGGCCUUAAAAAGUAUGAAGCAGCUCAGUCGUCUUUUCCCAAACAAAGUGACAAUACAGAUUCCCCAGGAUGAAGCAAUGCAAAAACACUGGAAACAAAAGCUAGAUCGUGAUGUCGAGACAACGAAAUCACAGUCAAAUAUUGCCCUUUUCCGCUCGGUUCUAAGUCGGAGUAGUCUUGUUUGCCCUGAUUUGGAAACAUUAUGCGUUAAUGAUCAAGCUUUGUCUGGUGAAGAUGUUGAAAGAGCUGUUGGCUGGGGUUAUGCUCAUUAUUUCAUGAACAACACUCUACCAACAUUCAUUGAUAAAAAAAUGGUUAUUUCAAGUGCAAGUAUCAAAUAUGGGCUCAACAUUCUAAAAGCCAUUCAAGAUGAGAACAAUAGUUUGAAGAAAUCUCUCAAGGAUGUGGCUACUGAGAAUGAGUUCGAGAAAAGGAUUCUUGCUGAGGUCAUUCCACCUGGUGAUAUUGGAGUCAGUUUUGACGACAUUGGUGCGUUGGAAAAUGUGAAGGAAACUUUGAAGGAAUUAGUGAUGCUACCUCUGCAAAGGCCAGAACUGUUCAACAAAGGACAACUUAGAAAACCUUGUAAGGGAAUAUUGCUCUUUGGGCCCCCCGGUACAGGUAAAACAAUGCUUGCAAAAGCUGUUGCAACGGAAGCUGGUGCUAACUUCAUCAAUAUAUCCAUGUCUAGCAUCACGUCAAAGUGGUUUGGUGAAGGGGAGAAAUACGUGAAAGCAGUCUUCUCCUUGGCCAGCAAAAUAUCACCUAGUGUUAUUUUUGUUGAUGAGGUUGACAGUAUGCUAGGGAGACGGGAAACCCCGGGAGAACAUGAAGCAAUGCGUAAAAUGAAAAAUGAAUUUAUGGUUAACUGGGACGGCUUGCGUACAAAGGAUAAGGAACGGGUGUUGGUACUUGCAGCAACAAACAGACCUUUUGAUCUCGAUGAGGCAGUAAUCAGGAGGCUUCCCAGGAGGUUGAUGGUCAGUCUGCCCGAUGCUCAAAAUAGAGAAAAAAUCUUAGAGGUGAUAUUAGCCACAGAAGAGCUAGGUCCUGAUGUGGAUCUUGAAGCAGUUGCGAAAAUGACCGAGGGGUAUUCAGGAAGUGAUCUAAAGAAUCUUUGUGUGGCAGCUUCACAUUACCCGAUAAGACAGAUUUUGGAGAAGGAGAAGAAGGAUAAAGCUUUGGCAAUAGCAGAGAACAGACCAAUGCCUUCAUUGCAUAGCUGUUCAGACAUUCGGUGCUUGAGUAUGGAUGACUUCAAACACGCACAUGAACAGGUAUGUGCAAGUGUUGCAUCAGAAUCACGAAACAUGAACGAGCUUCAACAGUGGAACGAACUAUACGGGGAAGGUGGAUCAAGGAAAAAGGCAUCAUUUAGCUACUUCAUGUAGAGGGGGAGAUACAGCUGUAUAGUAUAUUACAUCUAGACGGGUUCUUUUUUUUCCUUUGAAUGAGUCGGGGGGGUGCUGCGCACAUGAAAAUCGGAUCACAGGUUCGCAUGACCUAUAAAACCUCAGCAUUGUGCAUUAGUUCAUGAGUAAUUUUGUCAUCACCAGAUAAGAAACUGUUGUAUUCUACAGAUUUUUCCUUCUUCAUGAUUGAUUGUUUGUAUAUUAUUGUUGAAUUCAAUAAAUAUAUUCCAAAUUUACAUCUCUUCCAAUGUCAUCCCAAGUAAUUGGUUGAACUGGAGGAGGUGUUGGUGUUGAAAA